CCACGUUUACCAGGAAGUUGUGACUUUUCUUAAAGAAGAGAAGCCUUUUCUGAAUGAAGACACAGAUAAAAUCUUGAGUUUGACGCUAAACUCACCGUUUCACUACCAAACUCUGCCGGCAGCGACUAUUUAGCUUCUUUACAUCAACAUUUGACCCUGAAGAUGGCAGAGAAGGUGCUGGUCACGGGUGGAGCUGGAUACAUCGGGAGUCACUGUGUGGUGGAGCUCAUUGAAGCCGGAUUCCAGCCAGUCGUGGUAGAUAACUUUAGUAACGCUGUAAAAGGAGAGGGGGGGGUGCCGGAGAGCAUACGAAGAAUAGAAACGAUUCUGAACACUAGCAUCGAGUUUCACAAUCUCGACCUUCUGGACCGCCCCGGCUUGGAAAAACUCUUCGAAAAGCAUUCCUUCAGUGCUGUGAUGCACUUUGCUGGCUUGAAGGCGGUCGGGGAGUCCGUGGAGCAGCCGCUGCGGUACUACAGAGUCAACCUCACUGCUUCCAUAAAUUUACUUGAGGUGAUGCAGGCUCACAAGGUGCACAAUCUGGUCUUCAGCAGCUCGGCCACAGUUUACGGAGACCCCCAGCGCCUUCCAAUAGAUGAGCAUCACCCUGUAGGGGCCUGCACCAACCCCUACGGCAAGACCAAGUACUUCAUCGAGGAGAUGAUCAAGGACCACUGUAAAGCGGAGAAGGACUGGAACGCGGUGCUGCUUCGUUAUUUCAACCCCAUCGGCGCUCAUAAUUCUGGUAUGAUUGGCGAGGAUCCUCAGGGUAUCCCAAACAACUUGCUGCCAUACGUUGCUCAGGUGGCAGUUGGAAGGAGAGAGUUUCUCAGUGUGUUUGGAAAUGACUACAACACGGUUGAUGGCACAGGUGUGCGUGAUUACAUUCAUGUUGUAGAUCUGGCAAAGGGACACAUAGCCGCUUUGAAAAAGUUGAAGGACAGCUGUGGAUGCAAGGUUUACAACCUUGGAACAGGAAAUGGUUACUCUGUGCUCCAGAUGGUGAAAGCGAUGGAGAAGGCAUCAGGGAGGGAGAUUUCGUACAAGAUUGCACCUCGUAGAGGAGGAGACGUAGCAUCUUGUUUCGCUGACCCUCAACUGGCUGAGAAGGAGCUGGGCUGGAAGGCUCAGUUCGACUUGGACAGAAUGUGUGAGGAUCUGUGGCGCUGGCAGUCCAAGAACCCCACAGGAUUCUCCAGCGGCACUGCGUCUUGAUGCAGCUGCUUGUUUACAACCCCCCCCCCCCA